AUGUCUCUGCUACCUCAAAGUGCAGGUUAUGCGACCAUCCUUGCGGGUGGCGCUUUCUUCGCGAUUCUCAUGAACGGUCUCACCUGGGUCCAACGACGAUACACCCAGUACGAUCCAUCCCGUAUCGAGGAGUUCUCUUCUGCCUCUCGAUCUGUAAAGACUGGAAUGAUGUCCGUCGGUAUCACCUCUGCCUGGGUCUGGGCAGCUGUCUUCCUUCAAACGGGUACUCUGACCUACCUGUAUGGUGUCUCUGUUCCUUGGUGGUUCGGUAUGGGUGGUUUCGUUGAAAUCGCGGCAUUCGCAUUCAUCUCUUCCAAAGUCAAGGUCAACGCAGGUGGUGCUUCGACCUUCCUGCAAGUCGCCAAGGUCCGAUUCGGUGUCCUUGGCCAUCUCGCCUACAUGUUCGCUGCUAUCGUUGCCAACUUUGUCGUUGGCAGUGAGAUCCUCAUCGGAGGUGCCGGUGUGAUCUCUGGUAUGACUGGUAUCAGCCAGUAUGCUGGUAUCUGGCUUCUCCCCACGGUCAUUGUCGCAUAUGUGCUUACCGGAGGUCUUCGAGCUACUUUCGUCGCGGAUUACCUACACUGCUGCAUCCUAUUCACCUGUCUAUUGGUUCUGGUGCUGGCUACCUACACUCGAGGUGAUCUUAUAGGCUCCCCUGGCAAGCUGUACGAUCUGCUCCUCACUGCGUCAGAGACCACACCAGCUGUUGGGAACGCCCAUCAAUCAUACCUGUCCUUCCGAAGUGAUGGCGGAAUGUACUACGCUGUGACCGCUGCCACUUCAUUCUUCGGUUUGUCCUUCUGCGAUCAAUCCUACUGGCAACGAAGUAUCGCCUCAAAGCCCGCUGGUACCUCCAAAGCAUUCAUCUUCGCCGGCUGCUUCUUCUUUUCCGUGGCAUUUGGUAUCGGGUCGUCCAUGGGUCUCGCUGCGAGGGCUCUCGAAUCAAACCCUGCCUUCCCCACCUAUCCUAAUCCCUUGAGUCUCACUGAGAUCGGUGCCGGUCUCGCUGGACCAUACGCUUCUAUUGCUAUACUAGGUAAAGCUGGUCCAGCCAUGUACACUAUUAUCGCUUUCAUGGCUACUACAUCUGCUCUAUCCGCUCAAUACGUGGCCGUCUCCACCAUUGCCUCGUACGAUGUCUAUAGGGAAUACUUCAAUAAAUCAGCUACCAACUCACAGAUGAUGACCGUGAAUCACUCGAUCGUAGUCGCCUGGGCGAUCUUCUUAGCAGGUAUCAAUACUGUAUUCGCCCAUAUCGGAUUAGAUCUCAAUUUCUUGUUCUACUUCAUGGCGGUGUGCACCUCAGGAAGUGUCUUCCCUAUCGGUCUAUUGAUGUGUUGGAAGAGACUCAACAAACUGGGUGCUAUCACUGGUGUAUUGGGUGGAUUGAUCGUAGGAUUCAUCGGAUGGUUGGUUUCAGCGGUCAAGUUGGAAAGCUCGAUCAAUACGACCACUUUAACAGCUAGUAAAGUGAUCUUAUCCGGUUCAUUAUCAGCUUUGGGGGCAGGAGCAAUCUUGUCAAUUGGUAUCUCCUUAAUCAAACCCGCUUCUUUCGAUUUCGAACUUACCAGAGCGAUUGGAUCGGGCCAUCUCCCCAGACAAGAGACACCUCAAGUCGGCGGGUCGAGUGAGAAAAGUGGUGUGGUCGAUGCUACCAACGCGGUAGAUUACGAACCUGCUUUGGCAAAAGUAGAAGGCUCAGGAAGAAGUGCUGCUGCCGAUGCAGAGUACGCAGAGGGUGUGAUCAAGUUGGAAAAGUCACAAAGCAGGUUUAGGUUGAUCACAGCCGGGUUCUUGCUAGUCAUCCUUGUUUUGAUACCCGCUCCUCUUGCUGGAACGGGCGUGGUAUACUCCAAAGGCCUCUUGACACUGCAAUGUGUCGCAGCAGCUGCAUUCGUUUUCUUCAGCACAGUAGCUAUUAUCUUCUGGCCGCUCGUCGAGUCAUGGGGAGAGCUGCAAGUGGUCUUUGGUCGUAUCUUGCGUAACGAGAGGGCAGAUGUGGUCAGACCAGAGCAGGAAUAG